AUGGUUAUGACGUAUUUGAAGAGGGCCCCAUUGCUGCCAAUGAGUAGCACUGAGGAGUUGAGGGCGAGGGUGCGAGGGCGGCGCGGACGCCCCUCCACUGGGGCCGUGUGCAACUCGCGCAUAGACUACGGUGGCCCGCUGCCCUCGCGCAUCAUUCGACCUCCGCGCACCUCAGUCUCGGCACCAACGCCUUCGACUGUAUACGCGUCCGGGAGCUCGACUCUCGUAGCGACUCGACGAACAGGA